UUAAGAGAAUUUUAAAAAGCAUAUGAAUGUAUAUUUUUCUUAGGAGAUCAUUAUAAUUAUCGCUCAAAUUUAUCGGUAUUAAUCCAGUUAUAGACGUCAUAAGAUACUUUUUUUAAUUACAAUUUAAUCAAAGAGAAUGAAUACAUAGCAAUUGUUUAUUACACACAUUGUGCUGAGUGCUUAUUAACGUCAGAAGGUACGUAUUGUCAACCGAUUUUGCUGUUGAUAUUAGAUUAGAUACAGAAUAAGAUAGCCACUGCGAUUCAAAAUUCUGAAUUAUAACUUUAGAAUUAAACUAUGGACAUUAGUUGAUUUGUAGUAUUUAAUGGAAAUGUACAAGAAAAUAGCUUAUUAUCUCAGUAUUAUAUUUUAAACCCUAGGUCAUUCUACGAUUAUGUGCGCAUUCAACCACAGUAUUAUAUUGACUUGAAUCUUGUACCGUGUGUAUGAUGUACUUAAUUUACCGUUCUUCUCGAAAGAUUUGGCCUAGAUAGCAUUUGCGAUAUCGAAUCCAGAAAACCACUGACGUGAAUGUACGGGAUUCGCUGUGUUUGUCAAGAUAUCUUUGAUGACAACGUAUAAGAUAUAAGAGGCAAGUAAUACUCGAACAGAGAUAGUGUUGCGCCAGACUAGCCUGUGAUACGUAUACGAAGGAAAUCAGAGUGCAAUCAGAUAGAAAUAAUUAUCACAAUGAGAUUAUGGAUUUUAUUGACUGCGCUCUUAUUUAUUACAAUACUUGUGGCGGAAACUUCUGCAAAAAAAUCGAGCAAAGACAUAAAAUCGAGAGAUAAUAAUGAGAAAGAAAACAAGGCUGAUGUAGAAUACCAUACAAAAGAUAAACAGUCAAAGAAAAAAGACAAAUAUGUGAAAGAGGAGAAAAAAAGAAAAAGUAGUUCAUCAGAACGAAAUAUCAACGACUCUUCCGAAAAAUAUUCAGAAGCAAAAAAUUCUUACAAAUCGGAACAGAAAUCUAAAAAGCGGAAUAAACGAGAGGAAAAUGUUGAAGUUAUAAAUAAAGAAGAAAAUAAUACAGAAAAAAAAUUAAAAUAUUCGGAAGAUAAAACAAAGACAGAAACGCAAAGUAAAAAAAAUAAAAAUGAUAAAGGACAAUUGAAAGUAUCCGAAAAAUUGGAAGAUUCUCAAAAUUCUGAAGAUCGUCAGAAGUCGAAGAAAAACUUAAAGGAAAAGAAAAAUAAGAAACAAUCAAAAAAUAUUGAAGAAAAUGUUGAUGCUCAAAGUGAGAAGGAAACAAAACGCUCCAAAUCGGGAAAUUCUAAAAACGUUAAAGAUAUUGCUGAUAAAAACAAAAACAAAAAGACUAAAUAUGACAAGAAAAAGAAAGAGGUAGAAUCCAAGAACACAGAGUCUAAAGAAAUGGAGGAAGAAGUACUCGAAACCGAGACAACAUCUGCAGAUUCCAAGCAAGAACGACCUGCAGACAAAACAAAGGAUAAACAGAAACCUCAAGAAACAUCGAAGAAAAACAAGAAAAAUAGAAAGAAACGUGAAGUAGUGCAAGAAGAAGAGGAAUCCGAGGAAGAGCAAUCAAAAGAAACUAAAAAUAAACCAAUUAAAUCAAAAGUAAUCAAUUUUGUCUACGAGGAAGAAGACGUAAAUGAAAUUGAGACAAAUGAGAUCGAACCUGAAGAAGAUUGUUUAGCUGAAACAAGUGAGGAAGAGUGUACGGCAUCAGAAUAGUAAUAUUUUGCUAGCAUAAACAGUUUUUAGUUACAGUAGCUAUUUUUUUGUGAAGGUUUCGAUACGUUUUCUAUUAGACACAUUUAUUUUUUAUCUAUCUAUCUAUAGUAAAUUAUACAUAUAAAUUUUAAGAUGUCUGUUCGUAAA